CCAAUGGGAUGUGCUAAUCAUCAUAAAUCAAAUCUAAUUAAGACGACUCCUAAAUUAAAUUCAUUGUGCAACAUUUUUGUACAAUGUAAUUAAACAAUUUACAUUAAAUUACUGCAAAAACAAUGUGUACUUUAAUGAAUUACUAUGUAAAAAGUGUUAAAAAGUGGAGUUUACGUCAAUGUCACGUGGUUUUGUGGGCAGUGUCGGCAAAUUGAUGCCCGCCAUUUUGACGAAGAGUGACAACGUCUAGAAGCGAGGGUAAACUGUCAAUUAUAUGGGUGUAGAUGAUGUCUGUGUUACCACCCGAUAUUUCACAGUACACAGGAGUUAAUCUGUUAGCAGCCAUUGUCACAACAGCAGGAAUACAAGAAUGUGAUGGAAAUGAAACAACAAAGAGCAGUUCAGAAACAGAGGAUGAGAAAAAGGCUAUUUAUAGCCAUCCCUUAUUUCCAUUGUUAGUGUUGUUAUUUGAGAAAUGUGAGCAGGCCUCACAGUCAGCUGAUUGUCCAAGUUCUGACAGUUUUGAUAUUGACAUACAGUCCUUCGUACAACGACAAGAGAAAGACCGUAAACCUUUUUUCAGUGAAGACCCAGAUUUAGAUAAUUUGAUGGUCAAAGCUAUUCAGGUAUUGAGGAUUCAUCUGUUAGAAUUAGAGAAAGUGAACGAAUUGUGUAAAGACUUCUGUAAUCGAUACAUAAAUUGUCUAAGAGGAAAACUUCAAAGUGAACAAUUGUUAAAAGUGGAAUCCGACUUUGACGAUUCUGAUGUUGGUUCACCACCACCUUCAGGUACAAAGAAUGUACCGAUAGCACCGAAUUUAACAUCUACAGCCAACAAUGUCAUGUUAGGACAGACAGUGUCUCCAGCCUCUGUGUCAAUGCCACAGUUAGGUCCAGGUCAGAUUAUGUCUGGUGGCACGAUAUAUCAAAUGGUCCACACCCCACAAGGCUUAGUGGCUCAACCAAUACAGUUUCAACAAGCAGCAUCAAAUCCAGUCCAGGUUCAUGGUGGCACACCAAUGUCACAGAUUGGUGUCAAUUCUGUUACACCAGCAUCAAGUGCAGGUGCUUUGUCAGCAUUAGCAGGUCAUUUAAGUUCUGAUGACGAAGAUGGUAGUGACAAAAAGAAGAGUAAACGAGGAGUUUUACCAAAGUCAGCAACUCAAGUGAUGAAAUCCUGGUUAUUCCAACAUAUUGUUCAUCCAUAUCCAACAGAAGAUGAAAAAAGACAGAUUGCUAAUCAAACUAACCUUACUUUAUUACAAGUAAAUAAUUGGUUUAUAAAUGCUAGAAGAAGAAUACUUCAGCCAAUGCUAGAGGCCAGCAAUCCAGAACAAGUCAAAACAAAAAAGUCCAAACCUCAAACACGACCAUUACAACGAUUCUGGCCGGAGAGUCUGGCCAAUCUCCAGCCACAGAUUGCUCCUGCCAUUAUGUCAAUAGCCUCUAUACAAUCAGCAGAAGAAAAACCAGGUUUCAAAGAUAUGAACAGUAAUAGUGAAAAGACAGACGACACAGAAACAGGAAACCAGUCAUUGUCUCCUGUUCCGGUAACAGACAACACAGCACUGACAAUUGAUGAUAAUUCAUAGCAUUUGUUUGUAUAGAUUCUGGUUAAACAUUGGAAUCUGUCUGGUUUUGUAUUGUAAAAAAAUUACUGAUUCAGUUAAUACCGGCAUGUAAAUGCUUUGUAAUUUGCCAUUUCAGAAACUAAAGAUUUAUUGUUGAAUUCAUUAUUUGAAACCAAAACAAAAGAACCAUCAUGAAGAAUAUUGUUCACCAAUCAUAAAUAUUAUGUCUUUUUAAAAAAUACUUUUAACCAAUCAUACUCUAUACCAUUUUAAAGGACAUAGUCAACCAAUUAUAAUCAUUGUAAAGGGCAAUACUAAUUUGGUAUUUUUACACAGAAAAUAUGGCUUAGAUUCUGAAAUGGCAAAGUUCUGUUACCUUUGGUUUAUGAUACAUAGAAAGUAAAAACUUCCCCAACCCUUCCAAUGUAAAUAUCUAAUGCAUUAAUGAUUUGUUUGUUAAGUAGCUUUGUUUUGGAAAAGAGCAAAAUUGGUUUUAACAUUUUCUGUAGGUGAGUUUGUUUUAAAAUCUCUGUUUUGCUUUUAAA